CCCUGCAGCAGAAGGCAGGAGGACGGCGGCCGCGCGCGCAGCAGGCCCCGCGGACGCACGCGAGGCAUCCGUACCGGGCUCACGACCGGGCUUGACGCCGCCCCCGCGCCGCCGCAGCGAUCCCAGCUCCUUAACAUCAGAGUGACAGCGGGGCAGCCCCGGACGCGCCACCAUGCUCCAGGGCGGCAACAUGGACCGCGUAGGUGCCUACAACCAGCGCUCGAGCGCCUACAACAUGUGCGGCGCGAACGAGGACGACGUCGUCGAGCCCCAACGAACUAGACGAAGUAGACGCCCGAGGGAGUACGAUGAAGUACAAUAUGAGGACGACGACUCCCAGUCGACGGCGCCCUCGCGCGGCGACCGUGGGAGCUUUGAUGAUGCGCCGCCGCGACGGCCGCGUCGGCGCCAGCGGGAGUGGCCCCAGGAGGACCCCGAGGACCAGCUUGCGCCGCCCCCGACCCACGAGAGAAGGGCCGUGAAAGCAAUAGCAUACACGAGACAAGAUGAAAAGAGCCCUGGUCCCGCCGCGACGCCGUCGUCCAAAGGCUCGGCGUUCGGCAAGCUGUUCACACCUAAAAAACCGAAGGAAAGCUUCAGAACGAAAACUCUGACCGAAUUAACUGAGACGGGAACGUCGAGCGUAGCUAGGGUCAAGGAGGGCAACGUCAAGUUCCCGAAUUCGUGGUCAGGACAUAAGGUCACGGUCUUCAAUCCCUAUCACCCGCGGCGGCUCAUGUGGGACGCGACGAUGCACCUUUCUGUGUGGAAAUGCCCUUCAAUCUGGGGUGCUGCUCUCUGGAUACGGUCGAGUGUAUCCCUUGGAGAUCGUGUCCGAGUUUGGGCCGAAAACAUGGCCGCGGUGCCGAGAUAGCGAGACGCGAUAAGCUGACUCACACACAGGCUCAUACUCAUUAUCAUUAUUGCGGUGGUGACGCCCUUUGAGUUGACGUUCCUGGACGGGGUCCCCUUCGGCAAGGCCGACUGCCCGACGGACAAGCACGGCUGCCCGGCGCCGGGCGACUUGUUCUUGUUCUGGCUCAAUCGUUUGAGCGACUGCUUCUUUUUGGUUGAUAUGGUCCUGACGUUCAACACGUCGUUCUUCGAUAGUAUACGAGGGCGGUGGGUGGAAGAGCGGUCGGUCAUCGCGCGGGAGUACCUCCGUUGCUGGUUCUGGCUCGACGUCCUCUCGCUCCUCCCCUACUCCCUGAUGUUCUCGGAGAUCAAGGCUGCUGGAUUAAUCAGAGUCAUCCGUUUAGUUCGACUACUGAAGCUCCUCAAGCUCGCGAAGCAGCCGCGGAUCAUGGCCAAGCUCCGCCAGUUCGUGACCAUGCCCAUCAAGCAGCAGACGCUGAUCAAGUACUUCUUCAUCAUCUUCUUCAUCAUCCAUUGGACGGCCUGUACGCUACGAUUACUUACGUCAUUUGCGGUCGGCGACUGUCGGCCCAAAGGUAGCGAUAUGCACAGUGGCCUACCUUUUGAUGAUGAAUGUGCGAGAACCUACUUGAACACGAACAGGAGGUGGGGCCAGGGCCCCUGGUCGCAAUAUGCCUCGGCCAUCAUCUGGAGCAUCGGCGCGAUGUCGGGCGAGGCUUAUCUGCCCGCGAACAUGGAGGAGACCGUAUUAAACACUUUAGUGAUGCUCAUGGGCAUCGUGGUCAUGGCCUUCUUGGUGGGCGAGCUCUCAAAUAUUCUCGGGAAUUUUGAUCCGGUCGGGAACGAAUUCGAGCAGACCGUACGGGCUCGGUGUCUCGUAUCUCAACAGUUUUACGCCAUCGACGCGCGUCGUCUCCAGGAGAGCUUGUGAAGGGUGGUCGCUUUUGCGAUUCUGAGGCCGUUCGCACCGCGACGGUUCCGUCCGCACACAGGUCGACAACCUCGACGCGUACUUUGAGAGCAACCAGUACCCGGAGAUGCUGCGGUUGAAACUGAGGGAGUAUGUACUACUUACUGAACCCAUAUAUAGAGAAAAGUAUUACAUCGAGCUCAUGAAGCAGUUCUCGCCGGCUCUGAGGACUACCGUGGCCAAUUUCCAGUUGUCUCAUUAUGUGGCCAAUAUCCCCUUUUUUGCAUUUGCUAUUCAAAGAGGCUGCGGGUUUGAAGAGGGCGCCAUCAUGGACGUGCAGGAGCCCCCGCAACAGGUCGGUUCUGGUGACAGGGAGGAAGUGUGGAGACGAGCCACCAUCGUGGCUGCGGAUCCCAUGACCGAAGGCUACGAGGUGGCCUACCAUGACGGGCAAAGUACGAAUGAAACGAAGGUUUCUGUGAAUAGGCUGCGGGCGGUAGAUCAAAGGUUACACUACCGGAUGAUCCACAUUAACAGAUUAAGGCGCAAGUUCGUGGGCGACUUCGCGUUACGGCUAGAACCCAUGUUAUUUAUGCCGGGCGACGCCAUCAUCGAGGCGAACUGGUCUCGAUGCGAUUCCCUCUACUUGGUGACGACGGGCACGUGUAUCGUGGUCAAAGAAAGGUUAAACAGUAUGUUCGAUAUUAGAUUGAGACACUACGGUUCCACGAUCGGUGGCGACAUCUCGACGUUGCUGAUAGCCGGCGAGAAACGGCGCUUACGACACUACGACUGCAAGGCGCACAACGCCGUUCAAAUUUACAAGAUGGCCGACGGUGAAUUUCUGAGCUUGAUGGCCUUCGAGAACUACGCGGAGUUCGCGCGGACGAUCAAAUAUUUCGGGUUCUGCAUGCUCGUCAAGAUGCUCACGUUCCGACAGAUGGAGAAGGCGACGGCGGCCGGCCUGACGCUGCAGCAACAAUUCGCCAAGCUCGAGGCGGCGAAUCCGUUCGUGCGCGAGAAUGAAACUCCUAAAAGUAAGGAAAAGCCGGUCAAGGUUCGCUUGGCUUCCGAUCUAACUGGUUUGUUGGAUCAGCUCGGUUUGUCGAAGUCUGUCAGGUCGAAAGUUGUAGCGGAGUUGAAGAAGCACGAGAUCUACAACCUCGAGACUGCUCAAAGUCUGAGAGUGGAGGACUGGGACAUGCUAGAUUUGAAGAUGGGGACGCGGCGCCUAAUCCUGGCGAAGCUCGGCGCGCUCGGCGGAAGUUAUUUGGGGUCGUUGACGGACCCGUCCCAGGGCUGCGCGCGGCCCUAGUUCUUUGGCCCUCUUGUGGGCGACAUAUCCACUGCUUGCUUGCUUAGUAUAAGUAUAUAGUUGCGGAC